CGAAAAUCCUCUCUCACUCGUUGGGAAUGUAUCCGUAUGCUACCUCGAUUGUCUACACCAUUUACUUCCCGGGCCGCAUGGGGUUGCUCACGGCCGACACUGGGUCCCAGGGUGAGCCGUCGACGGCACGUUACGCACGGCAACGUCACCGGAUCUGAGCCGGCACCGCACGCCCUGGCGACCGCCUUUGCCAUUGGCGGUACGGCGGGCGUACUGGGAUCGUUGGCCGGAAUGGGUGGCGGGUUCGUCAUGAUACCGUUAAUGACGAGUCGUGCGUUACGACUCACACAGCACCAGGCACACGGGACGUCGCUGUUCGCCGUGAGCGCCACGGGCGUGGCCGGGGCCUGGUCCUACGUCCACGAGGUGCAGUGGGAGAGUGCGGCGGCGAUUGCCUUGUGCGGCAUGGUGACGGCCCGGAUGGGUGCGCACGUGACGACCCGUACGAGUGCUACCACCUUGCGUAAGGCCCUGGGAGUGCUCAUGUUACUCAUGGCCCCCGCCGUGCCGGCGAAGGCGUAUCUGACGCAACGAGCCGAAGCGACGGAGGCGUCUCGGGCGGAAGCCGAGACGAUGCCGUCCGAGCCGCUGUCGCGUUUCCUUCCUCCCGCCGCCAUUGGACUGGGCUCCGGGUUUUUGGCUGGUUUGUUUGGAGUUGGCGGGGGAACUAUUGUCGUGCCAGCCUUGACAUUGGCGACUGAUUGUACCCACUACCAAGCAUUAGCAACCUCCUUGGCCGCAAUGACGUUGCCCGCAUUGUCGGGAACGUACACCCACUAUCGUGCCGGGAACGUGGCCGUACGGAUUGCCCCGGCCUUGGCACUGGGGUCGUUUGUGGGCGCCUAUACGGGUGGCAAGUUGGGUCUCCAAUUGGACGAGACAACGUUGCGGUGGGGCUUUUCUGGACUUUUGACAAUCUUGGGGACGGAACAAGCAGUUGGCUACGGUACGACACCGCAGCUACUCCACGGAUGCAUAGCAUACGCUACGGAAAGGUGCGAUACGGCAACGACUGGGGAUACGGAAAAAACGUUUGUUUUAGUAGUGUGCGUGUGCAUAGUUUACAAGGCAAGCCAUUGUCGCCAACAUCAAGACUUGCUUCGGACCGUGACGGCUCUGUGGCAGACUCCUUCCACCAAUGAGGCAGGCGACGGUAGCAGCGGCUCUAGUGUUUCAUUGAUUGCUCGCGGUGGGCGAUUUGUCUUUUCGACUGCUCGGGAUCGUUGCGUUGGCGACAUUGUCUUGGCCCGAGAUCGACUCGACUUCUUCAACAAUGCGGAGUGCUUCCCCGAGAUACUCUACACCGCCGUUGGAUCGGUCGGCCAACACAACGUUGUGACUGUGAGCGGUACACCACUUUGCGCGCGCUCGGAGUGCCCCGUGGGGUACGGACCCGUAUUGCUUGUAGGGUCAGAGUCUUUCGGUGCACCGGCACCACGGUGGGGAGGAGGGAAUACCAUGGUGUUUUUCCAAAGGAACGACUUGGUACUGGAAUACGUCCAAGGAGACUCGUGCGAUUAUCCGAUCGGCGUGGGAUCGAAAUGUCUACUUUGCGGGUUCCUAUCGGAAGCGUGUCACAAAGCCUGCCAGGCGGGCUUCUUUGGUUUCCGGCCCACGCCAUCCUGUUUCGAUGAUAGCACAUCCAACCGAAGUUACAGUGACAAUAUUCCGUUCCUACCGAUUGUGUCCGUACGUCGCCAGUUUGUGGAUUGGGUUUUGCGGGAGAAGGCUCUGCCAACGAGACCGAGGAACGACCGAAUCCAAACUGAGAAUCGGACCGGAUCCGGCGUACCAUACCCCGAGGCCGUUUCGUCGGUGCCGGACCGCUUUCGGACCCUGCGUCACCAUUGCGACUCUACCAGACUCAUGAGACAAGUGACGGAGCCGGAGGCUUCGCUGGGGGCGGCUGCCUUUGCGGCGAUCCUCCAAGGGGACGAUCCCCGGGCGACGUUGCGGGUGCUCCGACGCUUCCGACGCCAAGUCCGACGCGAACGACGUCUCGCGGGAUUUUCGAAUGCUACCAAUGAUCACCAUUUGCCCAAACGGGAACCAGACGAUGAUGGGGAGGAUGACGCCAGUCUCGAUAUCGACGACGACGACGAUGAAUCCGAAAUGGACGCCAACGAAUCAGAACGACCUUCCAAACGUUGGCGUCCGGACGAAGCGUGGAAGGAUGAUACGGCCGACUACAACGUACCUUUUGUGGGAACGUCCGUUGCAACCACGGGAUCGGGCGACAUUGCCGCCAGGGUGGUUGCGGGACAAUGGCCGACGGGACUGUUGAAAGCCUAUCUCGACAAGAGUCCCUUGGCGGUGGAGCUGACGAGUGACACACUCAUUCCAUCGUCGUCGGAAUCGACGGGUCACCUACACAAAGCAUUGCUCAAAAAUAAGCAGACGAAACUCUCGCAGUCAAUUUACAAAGCCUAUCUCGGCGCUCUCUCGGAACUGAUUACUGCAGCCAUUCCUAUGGAUAGACUGGCACGACGCCGAGUGGGAGAGAAAGAAUACGCUCCAUUUCAAACCCAGUCCAAGCCUCACGAAGACUCGCCCUUUCGCUUUGUACCGGAAAUUGUCAAAAAGCGACUGCCGGGAUUACUCACGCUAUUGAGAGAGGAAACGGGCCACGGCAAAGGAAAACCGACUAUAGCGGGUGGUUGUGGUCCUUUGGCGAGUCUCGUUUUCGACAUUCUCUCGAACUUGUCCAUGACCUCCGUACCCACUAGUCGGCACAUUGUACGACUCGUUGAAUCGACCUUACCCGAUGGAGUCUUGCGCUUGGUCCUACGCCCACAAAACACCAGACGUAGCACCGCGGUUGUCCCAGGACACGACGAGGAUUCGGAGAGGGGCCCCACGCCGAUGCGGACUCCGCGGGAGUUGGCGCGACUGGCAGCGAUACAAUGGGCGGUGGUCUUGCUGGAACUAGACGAUAACGUCGUCUUGUCCUGUAUCAGUACGCCUGGCUCCAAGGAGCGCAAGCUUCGACCCGGGGUGCUGUACUUGGCGUUGAAAGAGGGGCUAGCGGACUCUUUCACCAUCGAUGCGCCCCGAGUGCGAGGCAUCGAGUACGAUAAAUACGUCCGCACCGUAGGCCGACUUUUGGGUACGCUGCGUCGGCUUUUAAAAAAUCAAGAUACGCGGUCAUCCAAACGAAAUUUGGUCGAAGCCAUGUCCACCGAUGCGUUUCAGAACAUUUGCCAGAUUGCCGGGCACGCACCUUCACUCACCGCGGAUGUGCCCUACGAAAAAGUCCUGACAGGUUUGGAUUUCUAUGGACACGACGGGAACUUUACAGACACGUGUAUUCAGGCGCGACGGCUUGUCUUUCUGGCGCUCGCCGACGUCGAAGCGUCGCCCUAUCUCCGAUCUAUACACCGUUCGGGUAAGACCUCUGUUGCGGACGAACGUACCGUUGUGCGAUGCAUGGUGCAACUAAUGGAGAACAGUUGGAAUAUACAAUUGCAGAGGUUUGUAAUUUACUGUUUGUCGCAGACGCCCCAUCUGACGUUGGCUCUGUUUCGAGCUCUCCCAAUACCUGAUUCGAAGAAGAGGCUUGCCUUUCUUUCCACAUUGACCUUUGUAAGAGCAGUAUUCAAGGAUGGUCCGUCAGCAACGCUUUGCUUCCGUUUUGGCAGCAACGUAGGCUGCACGAUCAACGAGGCUCUCGAACUUGUAAUUCCGAGAGGUUUGCAAAAAGCCAUCCUCGCGAAGGCUGUGCAUAGCCCAAGUCCCUUUUUCGUUGCAGAGACUUUGAAGUUUGUCGUUGUCGCUUUGCAUAGAGUCAACGAGGUAUUGCUGGCAGCAGACAUUCAAAAGGAUCCAUCGACAACACCUCAAGACAUCGCAUGGCUUCCCGACUUUUCCCUUUUUCUUUCGUUGCUAUCUCGGUACUCACAAUCAAACGUUGCAAGCCACCAACUUGUAUUGUCUCGUCUGUAUUCUGUGAUACUUUUGGGAUCAUAUUUUAAUACAGUACAACAGCAGGGCUUUGAUCUCUCAAAAUGUUUCCCGUCGGACCCAGAUUUCUUUUGUCGAUUCCCCAUAUCUUUUCAGUUAAAAGCUCUAUUUUUCGUUUCAAAAGCGCUGAACCUGUUUAAGGUAACCCAACCAGGAUACGUUUCGCUGCUACGAAAUUCACUGUUGGUCAUGCUUAGAACUCGGAACCACCGCGUUCUUUUUGAGGCCAGAAAAGUUGCACUGCAACUGUUAGUCAGUCCGAAGGGGUUGCAGACAACAUCGAAAGCAUGGGAAUACGAGGCUUCAUGCUGGGUUGAUGGUCUAACGACAGAUUGCGUUCCUGAAUUCUUAAAGAUCGUGUCUGGCACUUCGCUAGAUUCUUAUGGAGACGCGAUUGCGAUCGAACGGGCCAUCAGAGCAGUAGGAUUGCAAAGAGUGAAGUCCACAUGGAAGCCAACGCUUCUUAUAUCGGCUAUUCGACAAGCUGAGCAAAGUUCGAUACAUUUUGCAAUAUUGACAUGGCAAGUUUCCGGCAAAUGCUUGCUAGCUUUUAGGAAUCCUCUGCCUUUAGCUGCUGUACUGGCUUGUGAAACCAAGCAAAGUGAUUCAAGCUGUCCAUUCUCUUCGGUUCGUUCGUGUUCUCAGGCUUUUAUAGAUUCGGCGCUCCGUUUUGACGCAAAGCUCCAUGUUUCCUUAAGCGAAUUGCUCAGGCCUCUCUUCUCGUCCAAAUCUUAUUUUUGGGCUUUUGUCUUUUCGUCAGAUGCUGCAAAAGCUCACGGGCCGAGCUCACUAGAGCUAGUUGGAGAUACCAUGACGGUUCAGAAAGAUGUUUACUAUUUCACAAAGCAGUUCUUACGGGUUUUAGCGUUCAGGCAGAAGCCAUUCGAUGACAAAAGGCAUCUUGAUUCUUUAUGUGCAGCCACACCCAUUCUGCUUUCGGCAACUAAUCUCUCCGCUGAAGAAGGCGAGAAUAUUCUAUGCGCCUUGUCAACAGACUUUCCCGAAAAGUCGAAAGCUUUCGCCUAUGAGUUCAUCUCCACUGGAAAGCUAAGGGAUUCUGAUGGAGGACAUCUGUGUACGAUGCUUACGAAUGACGCCUGCGGGAUCCAUAAAGAGACAAAUAAACUCGCAAUCGCUUGCGCACUUACAAUCCAGGGCUCGUUUCUCCCUGAGAUGGCCUUUGCUGCGGACCUAAAGGCUGUGAUCAAAGAUUUGGAUACUCGGGAUAGUGCGGAGAUGAUAGCUUUUGGUUGGUGCAUUCAGUUGAUGAUUCCAGCUCUGAAAGCCACUCGCUUCGAUAAUUCCGCCAUCAUAGAAGACCUUUGGUCGAUAUGGUAUUCUUUGACGAGUGACAGUGAACGGCAUAGAGUUGCUCCUGUCGCGUUGGUCGAGAAUUGUUUUUUUGAAAUAUUUUCGAAACGAUCAACGAAUAUGUGUAUGACUUUGACGCAAAUUAUCCUUUCUGUGGAGCCAACGGUAUUUCUUCAUAGGUGUUUGUUGGGGUACAAGAACAGAAGAAAUCAACAGCACUAUCCUGGUUUGAUGUUGCACUCUGUCCUGUCUUUUGAGUUCGCACGAUUUGCACCAAUAGUAAUACAGCUCUUGACAGAGAACGAAUCAGAAAGUGUCCGAGAUCUGUUUGAAGACGGUUCUCUGGAUGAUAUUCUUCAGCUAUUACUACAAUAUAUUGGCUGUUUUGAUUCAAGUGAAUAUAUCUUCCAUGAUCUCGUGGCGAAAAUCAUGAAAAGACUAGUGUACUUAAUCCGCUCUGAGAUAAGUGAGCCUUCGGAGCUCCUCCUUUCGACGGCGGCACUUGUUAUUUUGAUGGACAAAUCUAAACUUUUGGUACAUCAUCCUACCAAAUGCGAUGAAGCCAUUAGUGCCAUGUGCACCAUGAUCGGUAGGGCGAGUGAUGUCUGGUUUUCUUGCCAUCUAAAAUUUAUGGAUUUGGGAAUUUGCCUUUUGAGCAGCGCAGACGGUAAAGCUGAAGAUGACUCGCGCAUUCUGGCAUCGUGGCUUCUACUUCGUCUGUGUAAGCUCACUCAACAAGGGCUCAGGGAAUCAAAAACGCAGGAUUCCUUUUUUGGGCCUCGAGAUCUACCUUUGAUUCUAUUGCAUAGGCUGGUACAACUCAAUCAAGAAUACUGUUCCUCGUUUUUUGAAGAAGACAGACAAUGCUUGACUGGUGGAUUUCUUCGCGCGUGUAUCAAGCAUGGAAUGUGUUCAUCUCCUGUUCCCGUGACGCCAAGUAGCCUCAUAUGCUUGAGCGUUCUUCGUCUUUUCACAGAACCUACUGCGCAGGAAUCUCCUCUAUGCUUUCUGGGCACGUCGAAUGAUCCUCCGACGGAAGCUUUUGUCUUUGAUAUGAUUAUAUCGCACUCCAACUUCGCUAACAUUCUGGGAGAAGAGACACAUCACGAUUCUAGGAAAUUGGAAGUACUUAGACUACUUCAUGCAUGCUUAUCUGCUGGUAUCCACAUCAAGUUUCAGUUAAGCCUUUGGAAAUCUUUGGGCUCAGAAUUCAAUGCGAGCUUGGGAGAGUGCGACAUUCUCAUAUGGAAUAUUCUUCGCUUGUACGAGAAAGCUACGGGUUCUGUAAGUAAAAUGCUUUCGUGGGAGAGCUUUGUUGAUGAAGUAUUGACUCAUGGACAUUUUCCUUUCCAGCACGACAUCACGCUGGGCAUGUUAAGAUGGAAAGGCGUGGAACUGAUGGAGUCGGUGAAACGACCUUUAGACUGGCUGCCGAACGCCUUGGAAUUGAGCAGGAUCAGGAUUACGUUGAAAUUGUACCCGUCUUCUAAAAUUGAAACCAAUCCAAAAUACCUCACCGCCGCCGAUGCAAGGAGUUCGCUAGAGAAAGUGAGCAGCCUCACUCAAUGUGUUGAAUCGGAAUUACCGGAAGCCUAUGUAAGAGAAGAUCACGAUAGGAUAAUAGAAUUACAGGAUGCGUACAUGCCGAGUUUUUUGCUUCCUUUGGUCUUUGGCUGCCUGGAAGAGGCUCUGGAUGAGCUAGCUGAGGGAAGUUCAGAGAUUUCAAGCGCUUACGCUGCUCAGCGCUUAUGCGAAAACGGAGGACUCGCCCUAGUCCUUGCCUCGCUUUGUAGCGAAUGCCGCUAUUUACGAGGAAUUGCCUUUUCUGCAUUGUUUUCUUUUAAGACGAUCAUCGUUUCUUCAAGCGCUCGACAGCUCUCUACAUGGCGUGAUCGCCCCCAAAUUGCAAUGCUGUUGAACUGUGUGCACAAGGCCCUGGCCUUAAAAAGUGAAGGUCGCAACGGUGGAACGAACGAAACCGUGCAGCUUCCCGGCUCAGUUUCUAUUUUUCUUGCGAAAGCCUCUCUAAUAUUGAUGAGACCUGGUGACGACCUAUUCCCAGCAGUGAAUCGGUAUUUCUUGAAAGUUGAAACUAACGGUGGUGCAUUUCAGGACCUUGCUAGACUUCCGAUGUUUAUGUCAACUUUUUGCUCCGCUGCUGAAGACUACCUUCAGGCAGAGAAAGAACGUCUCUGGUCAAUGGAACUCUUACUAGACGGAUUCACGGAUUCACGGAGCUUCCGCACGUUGAUCGCGUGUCAUGCACCCGAACUCCUACUCACUUCUGCAAAUUUAUUUUGCGAUUGCCAAAAUGUUGAGCGCGACAAAGAAGUGAUGCUUCUUUUCCAAGUGUUGCUCAGAAUUCUUGACCGCGGAGGGGAAAGGGCCGAGAGCCACUUGAUCUGCAAACUUGGAAUAUUUUCUUGGCUGCAGUCGCUACUCUUGUCCAAAAAAACGCUUGACGUGCUCAGCAUUCAACCAAGAACGAUCUUUCUUACUCUUGUUGAGACAGUAGCUGCGAAAGCCAGAGGGAUUCUCGGAUCGAUAGACUUUGCUUUCCUUCGAAAUGGUUUUGUGCAGCCUAUUUUGUCGUUUUGCCUGGACUCCCAAUCAUUGGUAACCAACGGUGUGGCAACCACUCUCGAGUUUGAGGACAUGCUUGUAUCUUCCUUGUCGUUACUUCACAAGUUGACUCUGGACGAAGUUUCGAAAUACCCUGGUAUACAAGCACUCUACUUGCACGCCCACGGUCCAAGCCUAGCCCUAUCACGUAUGUACUUGGACUUGUUUAAGCAUUCAGAGAAAAGGCCGAGCUGCAUCUUAGUACUUUGUCAGCUACCCGUCUCUUCAGUCCAUUUGGAUGAGAGCGAUGUUUUAUCAUUUUGCCACGAAAUGUUGUCGGUGCUUGGAAAAUGCUCCUUCAAUGGUAAACAAAUUGUACUGAAACGAGUGGCUCUGUUCUCAGCUGUCGCGAAUGAAGUCAUUUGUAAGGACGCGUCUUUUAUUCAGCAUUUGCUUUCUGUGAGACAAGCUUGUGCAAACAACAUAGUUGCCGAGAAGUUAUGGAGCGAGUGCCUUGCUUCGGUUAUGUCAUCUUGCAAAAUCAGUGACCCAACUAUCACAUUGGCGAGGCAAAUUCUCUCAAGUCUCUCUCACUCCUAAACAGCUUCGAAACUUUGCACUUGGGUGUUCACCAUACGCGAGGAAAUAUGAUCAGCUGUAUGAAGAAACUUAUUUACAGACAAGUGCUCUUAACGAAGGAUGCAUUGUCCCGAGCAAAGGAAUUGUGCUACGUGGUAUUUUCUGUCAUAAUAAUCCUCCGCUCGGCAUGUCAAAAGCGACAAAGCAGAAAUUCUAGCUGAUUUGCUGAAUGACAAGACAGCCUACAGGGAGAUGCUUUAGCACAACACAGCGCAGUUUGGGGCCGAAUACUUUAAUUUCCUCCUUAUUGAUAGCUAACAGUAAAGGACAAUGACCAUUGUAUU